GGCUACGGUAGAAGCAAAUGGCGGAUGAUGGUUGUGUUUUGAACAUAUGAACGCAUAUGAAGUCGUUACGGUCUGUACUGAUGCAGACCUUGCAUUUGUCAUUUCAGGAAGAUUAAACGACUGCAGUUGUGCUACAGUAAUCUAGUUUCAAGUAACACUGAAUGAAUACCAGUGGACUCUGAAUGUGGUGACCAGAUAACGUGCAGUUAUCCUAAUAUUGACGUCCAUUCUUGAAUCUUUGGAGUCGUAAUGUAUGAAAUGUAAUGCUGGGUGUGUGAGACUGUGAUCUUGGAUUACAAAUGAGUGGCUAUGGUUAUAAUAAUAGGAGGAGAAGAGGAAGAGAUUUUGGGUCACAAGGCGGUGGAGGUAGCCAGAAUUCAAGUUACUGGAACAACAGUCACUAUAACAAGUAUCAGAAUUACAACCAGUUUCAGUUCUGUAAAUUAGCAUUUCCUAAACAGUGGAGUUCUGCUUCUUGGAGUAAUCAAAAUCAAUACAGUGGCACACAUGGAAGAGAAUCAGUUUCUCAUAAUCUCUUUCCUCCACGACAGCCAAUCAAUCCUAGUCCAGUUCAUUCUAAAGCUACUGGACAUUCAUCAUCGGUUAAAGGACAGACUUUGCAGGCAAAAUCCAGAAACUGGAACAAAAUCAAGAAACGACAUUCUUCAUCAUCAACAAGAAGUUCAUCUUUUCCGCAGCAGAAGGUAGGAAAUCCACCUCCAGGAUCUGAGGAGGCUCGAAAGAAAAGUCUUGCCCAAGCCACUGACAAAAUAAAGAGCUGUUUACUUUCAUUCCAAAAUGAGAAAUCCGAGGUCUUAGAAAAUCUUCUGUCCAAUGAAGAAGAAGAAAGAAUGGAAGAACCUACAAAAGCCAUUGCUGUUAGGCUAGAAAAACCAGGAUAUGCCGACUUACGAUUAACACCAAAUGAUUUAAAAGUAAUUGGAAUGGUGAACACAGCUGGAAAUGGUGGCUCAUUAGAACUGGAAGAAGCUGGAAGUUCUGCAGUUGAAACUGUUUCCACAAAUGAAUUUUUAGAUUCAUCAGGUAGAGCAGAAAUAGUAGUCCAGAAUUCAAAUUCUUCUGGCAAAGACUUACUUUCAACUGAUGGGUUUUGUGCAUUCAGUACUUGUGAUGUAGAAUUGUUAGAUGAUAUGGAAGGGGAUAAUACAUGUAAGAACCUUGACAAGGAAGCAGGAUUGAGAGAUUCUUCUAACCCAACAGGGCUUAUACCUCAUUGUACAUAUAAGCGGAGUAGAUACAUUUCUGAAACAAACAGCCCAGGACGACCAACAUCUAGUGAAAAUCUAGCAUCAAAUCCCAAUCCAUGUGCCCGAUCGAGAUCAACAUCACUGAGCAUUUCAGAAACAGCAGAUGAUUCUAACCAGUCCCAGAAUGGUACAAACAUACGGCUGUCCUAUGAUAAUCCAUCCCACAGUUAUGAAAAUGAACCAAAUAUAACUCUUAAAAAUUUAAAACAGCGCAUCAUCCAGCAAUUUUUAAAAAUGGGGAAGAAUAAUUUGAAGGACUUGAUAAAUAAUCCCAGAUCCCGUAAGUUUGAAUUUGCAAUGAAUCAUCUUAUGAAAGAGCAUAGACUACUGUUGUCUAGGGAGCUACGGUCGUUGGCUCAGUCAAGAAUUAGGGGUCAGGAUGUAGAAAAUCAGGGGCAGGGUGAGCCAGUAUGUGAAACAAGUUCGUUGUUAGAUACUGACACUGCAAUCAACUUAUCCCGCCUUCCUCAGGAAGUUAUCGAGCAGCUUGGAAAUCUCUUACAAUUGGAUCUUUUGGAUAAUGCAGAAUCCAUAGAUUUUCAACCCAUAACUCUUGAUGGUGAGACCAGUGUUCAUGAUUUACAGAAUAUUCAAGCUCUACAGGUUGCUUUGCUCUCUGAAGAAAAUAUCAAGAGAGAAAUUGUAGAAAGUGAAAUGAAGCCACUGGUUGGAAGAGAAGCCAGCAGCACUGCAGUGGAGAAAAUUGGAAGUGAAGGAAACUUGGUAGAAGGGCAGCAUUCUCAACUGGAUAGAUCAGGGAUGGAUGUAGGAACAGGACACAUUGAAUAUCCACUGAGACGAGAAAUGGAAAGUAAAGAAGACCUAGUUCUGGAAGAAGGUGGAACAACUAAGAAAUCUAGAAAGGAAUCUGAUAAGUGGCCAGAUUACAUACCACUGGGAAAAGGAUUCAUGAACAGAAGUGGUGAAUUUGGAAACCUGCUUUGUGAAUUUCCUGAUUUCUUGCAUAUGGAAUCAAGUGACUGUGAAGCUCUAGGUGGACAUAAUCAUAAUGUGACAGGUGUUCUGUUUACCCAAGAAACAAAUAGAGAAGGAGCUGAACAUCCUCAGGCAGAAGCUGAUCAGACAACUGCUAGAUCAUCGAGCAAAGCAGUUAGUCCAAAUUCAGCUUCUGAAGCAAAUGAAAUUGCUGAUUGUAACUCUUCUUUGGUGGCAGGUGUGAUACCCAGUAAAAUUUCAAACAGUGAGAUGUUUGAAAAUUAUGGUAAAUCUUUGAAUAAUACAUCAGCGGAGAAGUCCAUUAUAGAAAGAUUUGCCACUGGCUGUUUGACCGGCACUGACGUAGGAGUGAAAUCCUGUAGUGAAGACAACUGGACUGAUACUGCCCAAGACAAGGGACCUGGUGGAUCUUGCAAUACACCUGAUGACUAUGGAACUAAUUUCCCUGCAUCAAAUGUAGCAACUGCCAGUCAAGUUAAAGACACAUUAAAAGGAUCUGCAGGUGCUGGUGAACCAUUAAUAGGCAAUGAAGAACCAUCAGGAGCUUCUGUAAUUGCUGAUGGACAUGUUGAAGGUUCUGCAGAUUCUAGUAUACUGGUGGUAGGUAAUGAAGAUCCAUUAGAAGACUCUGCAGCUGCAGAUAAACCCUCAGAAGGCUUUGGAGAACCUACAAAUGCUUUGUUUAAAGAUAAUGAUGUUAAUAAUGCGAAUGUUUUAUUAGGUGGGAUUAAUGAAGAUGUGAAUGUUGUGACUAAUACUGCCCCAAAUGAAAGUGAAAUUAAAGACGGAAAAUUUGAAGAAAUGAAAUCUGAAACUUCUGUGUUGCCUAAAGAAAAUAAUAUUAGCAAAGAAGACCCUGUUAUUGGUGAGAGACUAGGUGAUCCAUCUGAGAGAAUGGACGGCAAUUCUGUCCUUGUAGGGAACCAUGUUGGAAAUCUACAGACAGAUUUGAAUACUCUUGGCAGCAACAGGAUCAUAAAUUCUGAAAUUAAUACAAAUGAAGAAACUGGAUAUGGUGUUGAAAAUAAAACAUUCAACAAGGAAACAGUCCACAAUUUUAGUACACAUGAAAAUCAGAAUGGAAAUAUUGAUAGUGAUGUUGCUCCAGUAUAUGGCCCAUCAAGCGACACAAUGGACGCAGCCUUUGUGCUUGCUGGUAAUGAUACAGAAAAUACAAAUUGUGAUGAGCACAUCACACCAAACAAGAGAAGUAAUCACUUUGCUAUUGCAGAACAUAGUAUCAGCUCAAAUGAUACUGCAGAAGUAUCUAGCAACAGGACAUGUAAUGAAACAGAAAUAUCUCCUUCCCAAGAAAUCCAAGCAGAAGAUAUUAAUGUUGAUGAACUGUAUGGUGAUCUGAGCGAAUUAUCUAUUGCAGAAGAUGCAAAUAAUUCUGCUGUGGGUAGAACUGCAGUUAGUCAUUCUGCUGAUAAUGUUGCGGAGGUUGUGACUACCAAACCAAUCUCUGAGGAAGCCGUUGAAAUGGAUGAAAGUGGUUUAAGGAUAAUGAAGAGUGCAGUAUCAGAUGAUGGCUACACAGGAAAGCAUACUGUUGGAGCAAGUGUGCAGAUUGAGCUCUGUAGUAGUGAUAUUGCAAACAGCCAUGAAAAACGUGACGAAAUUAUGGAAAUAUAUCAUCAUAAUGUGGUGGUUAAGACUGAGAAAAUUGAUGAAACUGCCGAUGAUAGAACGUCAGUACUUGAAGAACAAGCGCAACCUGAUGGGAGUAAUCAUAUAGUCAGAGCUGCCCCAGAAUUCCAAAGUAUUGGUAUCUUGUCCCAUAAUCAGCCUUCUUUCAUUUCUAAUCCAAUAAACGAAGUGACUAUAGUUGAAGUAAGCACACAGACACAGCCCCCUGAUGAGCUUGAUUCUGAUGAUGUUCAGAGAAUGUUGCAACUUCUAGAGAAAUCAAGUCAGCUCUCACCGCAAUUAGCGAAAUUACUGAAAGAUCACUUUUCAUCGAGGAAAAUAACUGAAGAGAAUGAAUCAUCAAAGUCGUCAAAUAGUGUUCAGUUCUUUGACACUUCAAAAGAGGCUGUGUUAUCUGCCCCAAAAGAAAAGUCUCCCUUGUGUUUAAUUCAACCCCUUAGAUCUGCAGGUUCUCAAAUUUCACUUGCUUGUGUUUCUGAGAUUCAUAACAUGGAUUCAGCUGCUGAAACCACAUUGCAACACACUUCAGGACUCUUACAUUCCACGGAUGGAAUGGAGCGCAGUUUCAGAGGAUCCUCAGUACUUGAUAACAAAGAGAAGAAGAAUACUACAAAGAGAAUGAAACUGGCUAGGCCUGAAGAAACAAGCAUAGAAGUAAACAGACUGCCAAGCAAGGAAGGUGAAGACACAGCUAGUGCUAGCAGUCAUGCUGAUGCAGCUGCUGCGAUAUCUGAUGGCAUGAACCCUCUGCACACGAGAGAUGUUCAAGGAGGUUCGUUGGGUUCAAGCAGUAAAUAUGUAUUUCUUAGAAUGUUGGAAAUAGACAAAGAAAUCCAAAAAUUAAUGGAAGUUAAACUUGAAUUGUAUAGAAAACUGCAGCUGAGUUUAGAGGUUGAGUCUAGUUUUACCAAUAGAAAUAACAGUCAUUCACCUAAAUCAAGAGGGUUGCAGUACGCAAAUCCAACCACAGUGGUAUCACCUCAUACUCUUUGUAACAGAAUAGCUUUAAGCAAUAAUUCGAACACACAGCAAAUGCAUAUGGGUUUUGUAACCAUGAAUAACGAGCUAACAGGGAAUUCAUUUACAAGUGAUCGACCCACAUCUACUUCAACACCCAUGGUAAUGUUGCCAAUAGAUUAUGUUUUAGGCUCCUCGUGUGAGCUGCAAAAUGCACAUGUGUCAUUGCCAAGGCAUAAGUUGAAUGAGUGUCUGAAAACUUUUGACACUUCUGUUGUGGAGGCUGUGCUGAAUAGUUUUAAUUUGCCAGAUGGUCAGAACAGAGAAGAUUCUGCUGUGAUUCAUUCUUCAGAUCACAAGCAAAAUAAGAUUUCAAGUGAUGGUAAUGAAUCAAAAUCAUAUCAAGUGGAGAGUAGCAGUACUAACAAGGGCAGAAGAUAUGUGGCUCAUCGUUCCACUGCUUCACACAGGGAAUCUCAUCAGUCUGAAGGGAAAUCCUUAUCUGAAAAAACUGGAGGUCAAAAGAAACUAGCUUCAAAACCAAAACCUGGAUUGAACAAGGAGCACCAUUCUAGUGUUUCAAAGAAACACCCACAUGUACAGCAUAAAACUCGAAUUGCAAAAAAAAAUAGACUUGGUAAUCGAGAGAAAAGCUGGAUUGAAAGUAAUUCUGAUGCCAUUUUAAGGAAAACUGUUCAUUCUGAUUCAUUAAAAGAAACCGCAGUGAAGGAGCUGCGAAGCAGGAGACAGACAGAAAUUUUUGAAAAUAGAAACCAACAGAAUGAAGGAAGGAAGAGUAAAUUUACAAAACAGAAAGUAGGAAACAUGAAACAUGAUAAGGAAUCUUCACAGUCUGAUAGCAGUGUGGUAGAAGACAGAAAAGAGACACAUUCAUCAAAUAAAACUGAAGUUUCAACAAAGAACAGUAAACAGUCUGAAAGAGAUAGCUUGUCUUCAAGUAACAGGCCAAAAAGACGUUCUCCAAGAGAAUCAGAUACUAAGAAAUCCAGUGAACAGGAUUUUUCUCAUACAAGUAAUUCCAGUCCUAGAGGCAGAAGGGACACAAAGACAAGGUCUCUUGGGGAUGUGGAACUUCUGCUUGAAGAUCCUGUAGAAACAAUAAGUAGGAAGAAAGAAACGCUCUCAUCCACAGGAGGAUAUUCCACAAGUUUUGAGGAAUCAGAGGCAUCUGAUUGUAUAAGUAGAGUUACCCGUAAAAGGAAACUUACAGUAAAAACAGAAAUUAAUGAUAAUGAGUACGUUACAAGUUCUCAAGAAGAAUCAGGCAAACCUUCCACAGAAAGCAUGAGUAGAAGAUCAUUUUCUAGAGUUGCAUCUGCCUUUCAGGCCAUGCAGCCAACUGUCCUUGAUGAAAAUGUGACCAAAAUGGUCAGAAAAAGGAGGAGGGCAGUGAAAAUAGAACAGACGGAUGCAAUUGAUGGAAGCACUUCGCCUGUUAGGAAACUGAAGAAAACAACACUUUCUAACUCUGGACAACUUCAGAGGAGUAACAACACCAAAAUUCCAUCAUCCCCUGAUAUUGUUGGUGCCCAGAAGAGGAAACCAAGUGAAACAGAAAGUCAGCCUAGUAAGGUUCACCAUCAUAAUCCAAAAAUGGACCUAUUGCAAUGGAAUUUACAAGAUUGUUUUGUUGUAGUGAAACCACUAGCUAUAGAAGAAAUGGAUGAAUCUGUUAAGCCAUGUGAAAAACUUGCUGCUACAAACAAUUUAGGUAAUCAGAGAAUUCGAAGGUCUUCAUGUUCUUCAGAUGAACUUUCUGUGACACAGUUUGUGAAAAAGAAUAAGAGUGAAGUUUACUUAGCAGGACAGGAUGUAAAACAAAAAUUGGAUAAUGUAGGUGAUUGUUACAGAAUCACCUUUCCUGAAUUAGCAGAUGAACAGCUUAAUCAAAGAGAGGGCUCUAAUUACCAGCUGGAUCCUCUUGGAGAUACUGUUAUCUUUCCUGAAUCAGCAGAUGAACAGCUUAAUCAAACAGAAGGCUCCAGUAACCAACAGGAUCCUCUUGGAGAUGUUUCAGAUUCUUCAAGUUGCCAGGGACAGCCACCCAAGCUGCAUAUUGAACCAUAUGGAAACAUUACUUCAAGUCCCAUGCAGUUACCUCCUGAUCUGCUUAUGCAGUCAGAUUCACCAGGAUGGUCACAAGGCCAGUGCUUCCUUUCUGAGGUAGCCAUACAAGAUGAAAACAGUAUCUCUACCCUUGUGUCAGACACAUUGUCUGUUACAAGUGAUGGGGAGCAGCCUCUUGUGAAAAAGAUAAGAAAUGAUGAAAAAAAUGAAACGCAGUUGGUUACACACAGUGCAGAUGGCAAAGAUGAUUGUGACCAGGAUUCAGCCUAUUCUUAUGAUAUGGCUCAGGAGGGUAGAGAAGGAACAAACAGUAGAGCAACAAAGCACAAGUCCUCCAAAAAACACCGAAAGGAUCGGAAGUCAGAUGGCAUAGAACGUUUGAUAUUUGAAUCCCAUAAAGGGCCCAUCUUAGAUAUUAAAACUGUAGGCAGGCAUGUGCUGGCUGCAUCUGAGGAUGGAAAUGUGUACUGCUACUCUCUGAAGAGUGGAAAGUUCAAGAGGAAAUAUGAAGGCCAUCAUGCUGCUGUCACCUGUUUAUGUGUUAUUGAAUGUGGCGGCAGUGCGGGCACUGAGUUGGGAGGUGCGGAUGCAGAACAGAUGGCACCUGACUUUUUUUUUACUGGCUCUCUGGAUAAGCAUCUCCGGAAUUUUAGAUUCAAGACUGGAGAACUAGUCCAAAAUGCUGUUGAUAUUGGAAAUCCAAUCCAGUGCAUGGACCAGAACUGUGGAAUAGUGUACAUUGGGACUCAGGCUGGGGAAGUGGCUAGGUUUAGUAUCAAGACAUCAGCCUUAGUUGGUGAACCUAUGAAAAUUGGAAGGGAGUCAAUUCUAACACUUAAAGCUACAAAGGAAGGUCCCCGUCAGGUGCUAAUCAUUGGAAGUCGAAAUAAGCCCAUUGCAGUGAGAGAUGCAGCUACAGGAUUACUGUUACGCACUGUGUGCAACAACUGGAGUCAUACCGUAUAUAGUUUAGUUCUCAGUACAGGUCUUGUGUACUGUGGCACCAAAACAGGCAGCAUACCAGCAGUUGAGUUUACGAGUGGAGAUGAAGUAUGCAGAUUCCAGGCAGCUGCAGGUGUUGUCUGUAUGAGGAUAUAUAACAACUUACUGUUUGCUGGUUGCUAUGAUGGGAACAUUUAUGUCUUCAGUAUUCAUGAUAAAUCUCAAGUUGCCUCUAUUCCAGGACCAGGAAAAAUGCUGUUGUGUAUGGAUAUUGUCAAAAACAGGAUUAUUGCUGGAAGUAAAGACAGCAAUAAGCUAGAAGCAUGGGGAUUUCCUCAGGAAAUACGGAACCAUCUCAAGGAAGCAAGACAUAGGUGAAAGGGGCAUGUUAAUCAACUACAAGACACAAUAGAUCACUGUGGUCGCAAUGCAAGGGCCAAGAAGGCCCACCCAUUAUACAUACAUUAUACAUUCGAUCACCUACACACCUUUUUGUCAUAAUGUGUUCAUAUGUGUGGUAUAAACAUCAAACAGUAUGAAUUUAUACCAUUUAAGGACUGCAUAACAUAGGAUAGAAGGAACCAAAAUUAUAAAAUUAAAAUGUGCUUGGUUAAGGUAGUGAAAAUGUGAAGAAGACACGUGGUUCAAAUAGAAAUAUUUCAACAGCUAGUACCAAAAAAUUAUUUUUGUGUGUACACAGCUGGUUCAGCUGGCAAUAUUGAUAUCUUAGUAUGCGUAUAAAUUGAAUAACAAAUGUCAAUCUAUAUUCAUGCUAAAUGUCUCACUUUUAUAUAUUAAUUAUGUUCUGAUAACGGUAUACUCGAGUACAAAUGCUGAUUACCGUCGGCAUUAGUUCUGCCAUUAAAUAUUUCCUUUUAAGUAUAGAUAUUGAAAACAGAGAUGAGACACUAGCUGUGAGUGAGUUGCCUGCAAUCAUCGCUGUCACUUCAUCAUAACAUUUUUUUUUCAAAUAUUCAUUUAAAUUUCUAUUCUUUGCUGACCAUAGUCUUUCAGUUCAUAAAUAUCUCAAGACCUUCUCCUCACUGAUUUUUUUUGUCAUGCUCUUUCAUACUUCUUGGUGUUUACAGUUUGUGUUGUAAUUUACGUUUACAGUGGAAAUUACUACUACUUUUUUCAGUGUAAGUUCAUUUGGUUCCAUUGGAUACCCUUUCCCUUAUUUACUCCUAUAUUGUAUAUAUGUAUAUGUUUUAGUUGUGCAUUAUCCUCAAUGUUUGUUGGUUUCCAAUGGCUGCAUUUGGGAUCAUUUAACCCAUUUUGCUUCUUGCUUCCCAAUAGAGAGCACUCAAGUUCUUGCUUUGUUGCAUCUUGCAGAAGUUUGCACUUUUCAUCUGUAAAUUAAGGCAUAAGCAAAGAGUGCAGAAAGAUUGAAAUAUUAAGACCGAUGUUAGCACCCGUAAACUAAUCUUGAGUAAUCCUAUCCUUCUUGUGUUUAAUUAUCAAGCUCUCAUGCUUUCUUUCCUCUUAACUCUUUUACAAACAAAAACAAAACAAACUCCAUGAUUUUAGUCCACAAGAGAACUA